UAAGCCAGGCAGCGGCGAGUUGUUAGUUACCAAUCCCAACCAAAAAAUACAGAGAUCGAUGGCGGGUAGAGGCGGCAAUACCAACCCAAAACUGCCCAACCCGGAAGUGCAGAGGCCGACCACGGGUGAGAUGGAGAUGUUUGGGGCAUCUGGGAGGGAAGUGCAGAGGCCGGCCGCGGGUGAGGUGAUGUUUUGGGCAUCGGGGACGGUCAUGAACCCUAACCGUAAGUAUGCCGAUGUUCUUCGUCGCCAGUGUGAGAUCCUGAGGAGGAAUACUACGUAUCUGGAGAAGAUCACGCACCGGAGACGGAUGAGGGAGCCGUUAGAAGACAAGGAAAGGUCUUCGACACCUCUCAGGAUCGCUGAAAAGGAGGGCAUGGCCGAUCAGGAGAGCUCCCAGGUCAGUUCGAUCUUCGAUCUGUUGUCCCUGAUGCCCGACCAGAAGGAGAUGGACCCGAGGAAAUUCCCCAGACGCAAUUCGAACCCGGCGCAGAUAUACUUGCCCUGCGGUGCUAGGGACGACGAGAAAAGGCUUGCAGACUGUUUCGACCUUAUGUUGCACGAUAUGGACGAUUUGGCCAACAGGAUGCUCUCUGUGGAAUCUAUUCUGAGUGAAUUGAGUAUCACCAAUUUGGAAGAAGAAAAAGUCAGUGUGCCACAGUCCUUGUACACGAUCAAUGAGCUGGUUGACGCGACAUCCAGAGUUAAUAUGAACGCCAAGGAGUUCGUGAAAUGUUGUGGCUGGGUUACCAAGGAGGAGGAGGAGGAAACAGAAUUCAGAACCGAGGAGGAGGAGGAUGUAUGUUUCCCUAACUACCGUGCCGCCUGGGAGUCUGUAGGUGGUGGCACUGAGGGACGUUAUGGUGACUUCCAAGAUAUAACUACAUUGAGUUCUAUGCACUUUACGCACUGCACACCUGGACACAUCCCAUACCAUGCUGUCACUGGCAGCACCUCUACACCAUCAAGAUUGUCGACAUAAAAGGCAACUUGAACUGGCCACUCUAUGUGUAUGGUGUGAUUGCUGCUCAAGACACCGUGGAUCACAAUCGCAACCUUCUCUUCUUUCGGUCCAGUACUAAGUGCCAAAAACUUACUUGGGAGGAUCCAUUCUUGCGCUUGACUGGCCCGUCUCGUGCAAUUGUUGCUCUGGACCGUGUUUACUUUGAAGUCGCACUUAAUCUAAAAGACGAAACAUCAAAGUCUGAUGAUAGAGCAUUGAUAUGGCACAGCUUCUGUUAUGAUGAUAGUAGUUAUCAUGCUGGAUUACAUACCACUCUCCUUCCCAUCAACCUUUGCUCAGUGGAGUUAAGCCUUGAGAGACUUUCUAGAACGGUCCAGGCCACUAUCUUGAGUGUUCAGGUUGUUGAAGGGGUAUCAUGGCCUUUUAAACAUGGAGCCCGAGUUGCUUGCUCCUCAUCGCGUAAGGAAUUCAAGACCACUCCUCGUCAAGGCACGUCUAAGCAAGUUGUGUUGCUUGAUUCUCUUGGUGAAGAAGGGCCUGUAGGGGCAUAUGGUUUCCUUCAUCUGUCAGGGCGUGUUGUUUCAGUAGAAUUACAAGACACUCUAGAAGUAGUUGUACAAGCCUACUCACCAUCUGGUCAUAUUGAUUCCCAUGGUCAUGUCAAUUUCACUCCCCAGCUUUGCAACAUAAGUCAGAAUACAUGUGUCCUUGGCCACGUCAAUGGCCACUCCAAGGUGGAGAUCACUGUUGCUUGGUCGUGCCUUGUCCUGGACAAGAUGGAUCUCUUAAUAGAGGGAUGUGUUAAUGGUGGCCAGGCGUGAAUGUUAUGGAGGGAGAUACCCUUUGCCCAGUUAUAUCUAUUUGGUCCAAAACUGGUUUGUUGCAAUGUUGAAGUAUUGUGUAUCUAGGUAAGAUGUCCAACUGUUAUGUGUAUCGGCUGUACCUUAUGCUAUGCAAACGUUAUGUUGUGUCAAGUAUUUUUCUUUGAUUA